CUUGUUCAAAUCACAUUCAUGUACAAUUUGGUUUUCCUUUACGUUUCGCAGCUGUCGUUCGCGAGCGAAUUAUUCAAUAACAGUGAUGUGAUAAACGUAUAAACAUUUUUUAUUAGCUCGCUAGACGGUUCAUCUAAUUUAUAACAAUAGUUACGCAAGAGGGGACUCGCAACAUACGAACCUUCGAGUGACAGUCGAGAGUCAGCCUCUGGAGCUCAGAGCGUAGCCCGGUUGAACCAUGUCCCAAUGAAAAACACGAUUUAUAACUUACAAUUAUGAAAUAAUAAUGUUUCAGUGCGUCAAGCGGUGUUCGAGUUUGAUUUUUUUAUUUUAUCACAGCGGCAUUUUUUUUUCGGUCCGUGAGUGAAUCCGAGAUUUGUGACGGAACUAUUUAAUGUGGAUUUCCAUUUGGCUUCAUGGACAUUCAGAGCCGCGACAUAUCUCCAAGAAUGGCGUAACACUUACUAUCCAGCCUUGAUGAUCUCUCAAAAUGACAAACGUCAAAUUAAAACUACUGUUCUUCCUUCUGAACGCGCUCCUGUCCGCCGAUUUGGUGCACUCUCGUCCAUACUCCAAUACAAACGUCACAGACUUCUUCAUGAACUUUUCUAACAACAGCACAUUCACUAUACCAGUUGAUACCAAUUCAGACACUCUUAUCGUAGCUAACGAAGAUGACGAGCAAAGGAAUGACGAUGAAACACCAGAAGAAACGAAUAAAAGUUCAAACAAGCAAAUGGAGGCGAUCAUGAAUGCUGAACAAGACAGGGACGAAGCGCUAUCGGAGAAAGUCAUAAAAGACCAAGUCAGCAUUCUGGAAAUGACGAAAAACGAGGCUGAGGCUUUCGAAAAACAAUUGAACACGUCAAGUCCGUUGUUGGAAGAAAUGAUCGAUUCUGAAUCGGAUCGCGAGGAAACACUAACUGAUAUUCUGUUCAGGCCGGAGUCAGAAUACAUUGAAGGGCCGAGAUUUGAAUUCCUCAUUGCAGCCAGACUUAACGAAAGUGAUGUAAACAGGACUGCUGUAUUUAGUGAUAAUAAUUUAGAUAAAAUUGAUAGGAACUCUAGUGAUGUUCUUAAAAAGGUGGACUAUGUGGAGUUAGUGGAGGUUGCGAAGCCGAAAAUUAGUGAAAAUAAAAGUGCUUAUUCUCUUGGCAACAUCACUGGGCACGAAGUAGAUAAUGAUGCUGCACCAGACACAAUUCUAUCUAUGUUCUCAGGCUUUACGGACAUGCAAACUCUGUUUCUGGCCUGCUUCGGGACCCUGCUGCCCUUGCUAUUCGUCUUGUUCGCUACGUUGCUUGUCAGAUGCAUGUGUCGCCGCUGGUGCCCCGGGUGUGCGAAAAAGACAUCCGAGUCGUCUGUCUCUGUCAGCAGUGAUAAGAACGAAAACAAUCAGUUAAAAUCAGAUGAUGGCGGAACAGAUGGGGAGUCACCACCAGCCAACGGCUCUGUGUUCACUAUGACGCUAAAGAAUAACCACCUCAUAGUGGAAACUGAAGAGAGGAGCGAUAUAAUGAAAAAUGGUAGAGAAACAAAAAUGAAAUAUUCCCCAGACAACGAAGGCAUCUUCGUCGUGGAAGUACAACAAUCGGCGGCUUACAGAUCCAAUAAGUCGGUACAUAAUUCACCACCCCACGACCCUCAAAUUUCUACCAACCAAGCGUUAAUACAUCGCGUGCCAGAGGAACUCGACAGGCGCAUCAUUGAAGAAGACAGCGAACGAAGCAGUGAAAAGUUUGACAGACAAGCCUUAGCCCUAUCCAGCACUGGUCUGUCCAUAUCUGACUUAAGUAUGUCAUCCAUUGGUUCACACAAUGUCAGCUAUUCGUACGGCAGUCAAGUAGGUUAUGAACAAGGACCAUUUGGUUAUCCCAUCUACGCUGGGUACGAUGUCUCCAAGGACGAUGCAGCAAAUGCUCUAAUUCACGACAACUCCCAAGAACCAUUAAUUGGCAAAACGCCCACGGACCCCGAUAAACCAGUGGUGACGGCAGCGAUUUUCAAACAAGACUCGAUUAUAAGCAAUGACCUGUUACAAGGACCAGGUUAUUGCAUCGAAGGAUCGUCAGAUGGCCCAUUACUAUCCGACGUUCAGGCUAGAGAAGUGAGUUUACAAAAGAUUCAUGAUCAGAAAGAGAGAAAACUUGAAAAUGGCGUCGCUAUACCCAUUGCGGAGAAAUUUGAAAGUCCGUUGAAGACAUUUAAUCAACCGAAUGUCCAAAAUGAUGGUAUGAAAACAAUGGAAACGAUUAUCGAAGAUAAUCCCAAAGACACGAAGGGUAGAAGGUUACCAACAAUAAGGUCGGAUGUAUACGAAUCCGUUAAAGAGGUAAUGCAGACUGGACCCCCGAAGUUUGAGAAACUAAAUAAUGAAAUGUCGCCAGGUGAAAGCGGUUUUGAUAGUCCGCCAAUGAUAACGAUUACUGAAGAGAGUGAAACUAAAUCAGAUGAUACUAGUUAAUUUUAAAUUAUGUAAAUAGAUACGCCGGACAUUGUUUUAGCUUGAUCUGUGGUGCGUUAUAUCACUGGAUUCUUUGGAGCAUUGUUUUAAAAAUUGUCAUAGUGUUUCCAUGUAUAUAUUGCAUUGAAAUUAAAGACUUUACAAAGAACGGUUCAUGUUUUUUUCAUUCUUUGCGAACGUUGUAUAACCUCGCUGUUUAGGUUUUAAAUGUUAUAGAAAACUAAUUAAUAAUCAGAACAUAUUGUAAAGUCUUUAAGCUAUUACCUACAUCUAACGUUUCCAAGAACUUUCUUGCAUUUUAUUUUUAACUAUUUCAUCUAAUUCCAUGUUUAGAGACUAUUUAUUCCUAGUUAAUUAUAAGUUAUAUUAAUUUAUAAUUGUUCAUAGGUUUCGUUCAUGUUUAAGGUUUCUAUUUGAUAGAUUCUAAUGUAGUUUCAAUUGUUACUUUGUUUCCCUUUUAGGUAACAAGCCGAUGAUUAGUACUAGUCUGCAUUAGUCCUAUAUCUACUUAUUUUUGUUGCAAGUAUGUCUAAGUCGUUUUAACUCGAAAAUUCAAUAGCUUGUCUAAAUCUAGAUCUUUAUCUUGAUACGUCUAGUAUAAAAUCAUCGAUACUAUAUCAAAUAUAGAAUUAAGAUGUGAUAAUGUAAUGAUAAUUUUUAUAGAUUUCUCUCUAUUUGCAAAACGAUUCUCUUUUCAUUAUGUCGGUACUUAUGUUGCCAGUUUAAGGGUUGGGAAAGAAUUCAUUUCAAUUAUAUUUCAAUUAGAUUUAUAAUCUUUAUUGGCUGUCUAUUAUUACCACCGUGGGGUACUAGAUUCGAUUUCCUGUGGAAUAAGUAUUGUAUUAUUGUACUAAAUAACAAUAAAUGAAAAUUUUUAGACUUGUUCUCUUAGACCUCUGUUUUACGUUAUUUUAGGAGAUGAAAGAAAAUCAUUACGUCAUUGCAGGCUAGUUUAAAAUAAAAUGUUAUAGAAAUCGAUUUAUUCAUUUUUGCUCAAUUUUUUUACCGACUAGAAAAAAGGAGGUUCUCAAUUCGAUUGCAUUUUUUAACCUGCUUAAAAAGGAGGUAGUCAUCAAAUAAACUGCAUUUGUUGUGUUUGUUACCUCGUAACUUUUUGCUGGGUGAACCGAUUUUUAUGGCUCUUUUUUAUGUAAAAAAUAAAAAAGAUAUAUUUCUACUCAAUAAGUUUUUUUUUAAUAAAGGUUAGAUCAAAUAUGUUAAUUAUAUUGAUAUAGAAUGCUAUUGUAAAUAAAAAAAUAAAUCGUUAAUUGUAUAGUCAUUGUGC